CCCACCUCCUCCUGUACUACACUCACACUACCCACCGAGCUGCCUGCUGAAUUUGAACGUGCCUGCCUGACCCGCCUCGCCCCAUGGACGCCAUGUCCUGCCUUGCGCCGCCGCCGACGUCCUUCUUCCCGGCCGCCCCGCCCGCAUACUACACCGACGCCGCCAUGGCGCGCGCGCUGCAGUACUCCAUGUCCGACCACUACUCCCCCGCCGCCUCCACCUCCUCACCCUCCUCGUCCUCAUCUCUCCUCACCGACCUCCCCUACUCCGACGGCACCAACUGGUUCGCCUCCACCGCGCCCGCCCCAGCACCACUCACGAGCCUCACCUGCGACUCCGUGCUGGUCGCCUCGGACGCGGCGCCGCGCCCGCCGUCCACACCCAUCAACACCUCCGUCACCCCCGCCGCGACGUCAAACAAGAGGCGCCUGGGCCUGGGCGUCGCCGCGGCCACGGGCCGCGCGGGGAAGCGGCGGCCGCGGGCGUCCAAGCGCGCGCCAACGACCUACAUCAGCACCGACCCCGCCAACUUCCGCCUCAUGGUGCAGCACGUCACCGGCAUCCAGGCCGAGCCCGGGACCGACGACGGCACCGGCGUCUUCACACCCACAUCCUUCGACGCGUCCGCCGCGGCCGCGCUGCUGGACUGCCCCACCUACACCGGCGCGUCGUUCGCGGACGCCCUGCAGCUGCCCUCCGACGCCGACGCGGCCACGCUCCACCACCGCCUCCAGCAGCAGCAGCAGCCGUGCUUCCCGACGCUCGACUCCUGGAACGUGCUGUACGAGAGCGCCCAGCUGUUCUAGUUCUAGCCUAGCCGGCCGAUCGAUCAGCCGGCCUCCAUGUACUCCAUCCGUGCAUUAUUAACCAGGAACUUC